AACUUUACUUAAAAAAAAAAACAUAAAAACUGGAAAAUGUCGGACGAAGCUUUUCGAAAAGCUGGAUUAAAUAUUGAUGAAUUAAAUAAUAUACGGUUAUUAGAUCCUGAUAUAUUUCAACAGAGCUCUGAACUGAAGGACGCUUGCAAAGAAUUUACAGACAAAAUCGAGUCCUUUCAUAAAAUCGUAGCGUCUGUCAUUGCAGUAGUUGACAAUGUUGCAAAGGAAGUGGAAAAAGAGAAAAUGAAGGCAAUUGGUUCAAGGAACAUGCUGAAAUCCAUAACGAAACAGAGAGAAGCAGAACAGAUGCAACUUUUGGCACUGAUCACAGAAAAAACAAUGCAGUUAGAAAGAUUACGCAUCCAACAUGAAGCUUUGUUAAAACAGGAAAGAGAUCAAAAUGAAUUUAUUGAACAGUUAAUGCUAGAAAAAUAAUGGGCAUCUUUUUUGCAGAAGGUUCUUCAACAAAAAUCUAUUUUAUAUGUGGUUUGAAAAAAAAAAAAAUAUAUAUAUAUAUCAAUCAUGUAAAAAUUAAUUUAAUAUUCUCCCACCCCCCAUCCUCAUGUUUGAAAAGAAAUUAUUUUCUAUUAAAGUUCUUUCAAUAAAAUGCACAUUUUAAACUUUU